AUGUCCCACCAGUUGCGUCAGAUUGCCAAGCAGUUCACAUCGAACCUUGCGAAGCACGAAAAUCGCACUAAUGAGAAACGGAACCUCAUCCGCAGCAUCUUGAAGUCGACGGCGACGAAGCGUGAAGCACGCAACUACUUGAACAAGUACUCGUUUCGCAACGAGCACACGGAGAACGGAGCGCGCGAGCGCUUUGUGGAGCUGUUGCUUCUGACCUACAAGCAGCUCGUGGCUGAGAAAGCGAUAAAGGUGGAUUCGUUGGUGGAGCGUGGAACAAGCAGCUUGUAUGUCAAAAACACGGACAACGUCCAGCCGUUACGCGUAGUGAUCAUCAAAAUCCGCGAUUUGACAAAGAUCCCGACGGCUGACUUGAACGCAGUGUCACAGACGGUGGCGAGGAUGGUGCGACUUGGUAUUUCGCCGGUGUUGAUUAUCGACUCUGCCAAUCACGUGAAAAAGAGUCACACCUUUGGCAACAUCGAACGGGCGGUGUUUGAGAAGUCUAACCGGUUGUCAAACUCCAUUGAGAAGAACGACCCGGAGAUGAACGUGAUGAUCCUCCGCAGUUUGUUUGAGAGGAGAGGCACGGCCCUCGAGCUCACCUUCCCCGAGUUGAUCUUGAAUCCGCUCGUCCAGGGUGCCAUUCCCGUUGUUUUACCGAUUGUGUACGACGAGGCGUCCAACACCGACACCAUUGCGUCACCAGACGAGAUUCUCCAGAGCUUGGCAUCAUCGCUCUACGCCUUAAACGAGGACUUGAAGUCUGUCCAGAUUUCUGGCACGGACAAAAACAACCGGGAUGUGUUGACGGUCGAGAAAAUUAUCAUGAUUGAUCCGCUAGGCGGCAUUCCGUCCGUCGAGAGGUCCAACUCCUCGCACGUCUAUAUCAAUUUGGCCCAGGAGUUGGACGAGAUCAUGUCGGAGUUGCACAUCGGGUUUAUACCCCCGCAGGUCAGAGACCACCACUUGGCCAACUUGAAGACCAUGGCGGCCGUGUUGCAUGGCUUUCCUGGGUCGAAGGUUGCCGGGAUAAUCACCGCGCCGGAUGUAUUUAAUGCGGGAAAAAUUGCCGAAAGGGUCAACCCCGUCAUCUACAACAUUCUCACCGAGCGUCCUAUCAUCUCGCCAUCCUUGCCUAUCAACGGCAAAGUUCCGAAGUUGAAGACAUCCGUGCUCCGCAGAGGCAUUCCGCUCGCCAUCUUCGAGGCGGACGACUCGCCGGAGCUGGUAAAGGGCUUGGAUCUUGUGAAGCUCGACAAGCUGGGUGCUAUUUCCUUGAAGAAGCUAAAGGUUCUCAUCGACGAUUCGUUCCAGAGGGAGCUCGAUAUGGACCACUACCUUAAAAGAACCAACAAAAACGUUGCUGCCCUCAUCAUCGCUGGGGACUACGAAGGCGCCGCGAUCAUCACCUACGAAACGUCCUCAAAAUUGCUUGAUAGGCACGGGGAGCCCCAAAAGGUGGCUUAUUUGGAUAAGUUUGCCGUCUCGUCAUCCUCGCAGGGCAGCACCGGUGUGGCAGACGUCAUUUUCAAGGCCAUGGCCCGCCUCUUUCCUGAAGAGUUGAUCUGGCGCUCCCGAUCCUCCAACCCGGUUAACAAGUGGUAUUUUGAAAGAAGCUGCGGGACCUUCUCCAACGAGGCGAUCGACCUGCACUGGAAGAUUUUCUGGGUCGGCUCCAGAACCAGGGAAAUGGACCAUUUGGAUGCCUACGAGGAUAUCUGUUUCAAGAUCCAGCCGUCCUUCAACAGCCCUGAGUAG